UGGAGUGGGGGAAAGAAAACCCGGCCCCUCUUACACCACCCCGACUCUUUGGCAUUCAGCGUCAGCAAAAACCCUAAUGUGAUCAAGAUGGAAGUUGUCUUUGGACUUUUCACUGCUCCCCGGCUUUCUGCCUGCCUUUGGGGGCUUCACUGCCUUUCCGACAGUUUUACAGCGAAGAUACUGACUGGAGUCCAGAAAAUGGCUUGCAGAAACUUAGCCUAAGGACUGCUUGCAAAAUAAAACGGAUAAAAGGUCACUUGAAAAGAGAUGGAUUUAUAUUUCCCAAACAAGUUUGCACUGCUUUCGGUGGAUGAGUGAAAAGGCAGCUUGCGAAACAUCUCUGGAUAACUGUAGUGGAAGCAAUUACUGGAUCUAUCACCUAUGUCUUGGAUUAUCACCUGGUGUUUAAUUACUGAAUAUACAGCUACUGGAUUAUAUUGUAAAUACCUGUGUCAUCACUGGAGAAUUUACAAGAAGUAGGCUAAACGUUGUUACUCCAGCAUAAAAUAUCUGAAAUCUAUGAGGUGUCAGUUUUGCUAUCGAUUCGAGGGCAAGUAGAAGGAGCAACUGCUUUGGGACAUUUCUUGUAACCUCCCUCCCUAAACUAAUAUCCAGGAGCAGGUUCAUGCCAGAGGGUGCUGAUGGCAUUUAGUAUCAUCUAGCUCUUCUCCUGAGGAAACAAAAGUAGAUCUGGCUCUCCAUUUUUGCCUGCCGUCAUAAGCAUCUCUAUGGGAUAGCGCUGGCUGUCCACCAUGCCAGUAGCCAUACGGAAAAGAAGUUGGGAGGAGCAUGUGACUCAUGCUUCAGGAUUACAGUACAGCUAUGAUGAUCUGGACCUGGUCUGCUGUCAUGGGGUUGACAGCGAGGGGCCUUGGAUGGGAGCAGGGGCUUCCAAACAAGGUCGACGGACUAGGUGUGCCUCCAUGCCAGAGGGCUGCCACCAACUGCCCACAGAAGACCUUGCUCAGACACUUGAGGUGACAGCUUCUGUUGUGAAUGAUGAUGCUGGAUCAGAACAGUUGAAGACAAUGGACAAUGAUGGAAAACAGGAGGAGUCAGGUGAUUGCCCUCAUGAGUUGGUGGACAUUAAUAUUCCCCAAAGGGCCUCUGAAUCAGAGCAUCUCCAAAUUGCAAACAUUGGGAAGUCUGGAGAAUUUCACUGUAACUCAGACAGUGAGAUGUCCAGGGGAAAUAUUUCUUUUGCAACUGAUAGCAGCAGUCACAGUGAGAAAACUAUCAAUGGUGAAUGUGAAGUUGGCACAGAGAGUAGCCAGAGUCACAAACUCUGCAAUGACGAUAAUGUCUUUAAAAGUCCACAUAUCUCACGUGAAGAGCAACAAUGCAUCUCUAUCUCUUCAAACAAUGGGCCUCCAAUGUCUGGAUCUGCUGGUGAACAGCCUGGCAAACUUCCAAAUCAUCAGGAAACAAAGGAGAGCCAUACAGAGGGUUACAGCCAACCUCCUGAAAUCUCUGAGGCUGCACUGAAACAGUCCUCUGCUGCUGAACUGGAACCUCAAACUGACCUUCCAGAUGUAGAGGAAAAUGAGAUUUCCACCUCUGGCCAUGCUGAUGCAAGUGUAACCUUACCUGUUGGUGUGCUGCACAGCUCAGUUAAUAUGAUGGAGAGUGGUGAUGUGAUGUCACAGGCUAACAAAACUGUGGAACCAGUUGUGACUUUAGUUGUAGACGAAGUAUGGGACAAAGGAGAAACUGAAAAACGGAGCGCAGAUUCUGCUGACAAGUUGGAUGGAUUAAAUUACCCAGAAACUCUAAAUAAAAAUACAGGACUUAAACAUCACUCAAGAGACAUUCAAGGAGGAGAGCAAGAUCAACAUGACUGCUAUGGAGUAUUGGAUCAGGCUCAUGGUUGUGAAAUAUCCCACCAGACAUUGUUGGAACAGCAUAAUGUUGAAAUGAAGGCGAUGAACUGGCCUCAGGGAGAGGAAAGUGCACAAGCAGAAGGCCGCAAGAAAGCAGCAGAAGUCAGGUAUGGGCCAAUCACAUCAUCUGAUAUCUGUUUCAUAGGUCAGUGUUGCUCUAUGACAGUUAACAGCAAUGAGUCAUCUGAAACACUGGAUAUUGGAUAUUCAGAAGGAAACCCCAUACAGACAAAUAUUACUCAGUGUGCAGACCAAUAUGUGGAAAUGACGACCUCCGUAAAUCAACCAAUGGAAAACGCUGAUGAAAGCUCAGUGUCUAAAGAGUUAGCUUGUUGGGAGGAUCAAACCAUAGCCCAGCAGUUGGAAAAUAGCAGUUCAAUACUGGAUUCUAUCCCAGAAUUUAGCCACGUUGAGCCAGAUGACACCCCUGUACUGGACCCUCAAAAGGACAUUGUCUCAGAUUUCACCCAAAAUCCACAUGUUCAGCACUCCAAUAUGGUGGAUAAACAUGCAUCUACUGAGCAACACACCGAAAACCUGCCACCAUGCCUGGCAGAGGUCAACGAUGAGCUCUCACCAGAAAGACUCCAUGGCAACCAAACCUCUGGUUAUUACCUCAGUGAGUCACCUGCCCCUGAGGUGGCAGAUGGUCAGAGGGAACAUCACAGGCCAGGAGCCACAGUCUCUAGAAUGGAGGAACCAGAUGAGGCCGCACACACAGUUAUUGACUGUGACACACAACUUGCCAGUCCAGUUUUAGAUGGAACAAAUGAACCUGGAGAUCAAAAAGAAGACAAUGUGGUCAAAGUGCGCAUGAGAAAGCGUGAGCAUGCUCGUCUGGACUCAAUGGUGUUGCUGCUGAUGAAGCUGGACCAGUUGGACCAGGAAAUUGAGAAUGCCCUCAGUGCCACCUCCUCUAUGGACAGCACGCCAACCCUCCAUCGAAGACAACUCAUGGAGUUUGAUUUAGGAUCUGUGCCAGAAGCAUCACAAAACCCUCUACAUCUACAUGUUCCUACUGCCUCUACCUCAGGACCUACACCAGCCCUUGGAGCAAAACCUAAGAGUGGGAGCACCUCUGCCAUUCCUGAGACAGAAAAAGCUGAGAUCGAAGCCAAAGAGGCCUGUACCUGGCUCCGAGCAGCAGGGUUCCCACAGUACGCCCAGCUUUAUGAAGAUGCCCAGUUUCCCAUCGACAUCUCUUCAGUCACCAGAGACCACGACUUCCUCGAUCGGGACGCUAUUGAGGCUCUCUGCAGGAGACUGAACACCCUCAACAAGUGCGCUUUAAUGAGACUGGAGAUAUCACCGCAAAGAAAAAGAAGUGAGGACUCCGAUGAGGACGAGCCUUGUGCCAUCAGUGGCCGCUGGACCUUCCAAAGGGACAGCAAGCGCUGGUCCCGUAUGGAGGAGCUGGAGGUUUUUUCCACACUGCCCACAGAUGCUGCCCCACCCCUAUUCCCCAAGGAUCAAGUAUCCCAGAAAAGCAAGCUCACCCUGCGUGAAGGCAAUAGUUCAGAGAGUGUCCUGACUGAUCUCAGCGAGCAGCCUGAAGUGGGCUCCAUCCACAGCAGCGGGAGUGGAGGAAGAGGAGAAGAGAAGAGCCAUGGUGCCACGCUGACAAAUGAAGCUGUACCCGCUGGUGCCACUCGUGCCAGCUCUGUUGCUAGCAUGUGUUCGUCCUCGGGCACAGGUGGGUCAGGAUGCGCUAAUGAGGACUCUCUGUCUGAUGGGAUGCCUCCAUCGCCCCUGGAGACACUCGGACAGUUCACCUUUGUUGUUAAAACAGCGAUGGGAGGACUAGGAGGGAGUCUGGAGAGAGGAGGUGGCAGCGGCAAAAGCACACGCUCGAGAGCUAAGAGCUUUCUCAAGAGGAUGGAGAGUCUGCGGCUGCGCAGCGGCACCUCCUCCAAGAGAAAGAAGAAAGGGAGCACCAGCGGAGGGAAGAUAGAAAUCAGUGGCCCUGUCAUCAAAGAGGGUCUGGAUGAUGACAAGCUGCAGAGUCUCAACUGUGUGGACAUCGCCAGUAUCAACCUCAACCAGAACCUCAAUCACCACCGCAAUCCCACUCAGACUAUGACACUUAACCGGAAUCGCUCGGUAUCCUACUCCACUCAGACCAGCAACGGCAGCACUGGAAGUACUGGGAGCAGCCAGUCCGAAGCUAGCAGUGGAAGUGCUGUAAGCACACCGAGCCCAGUGACUCGCGCUCGCAGCCACAGCAUAGCGGCAGGCUCUAGUAAAAGAGGAGGAAUGUAUUUGGAGGGUUUCGAUCCUUUCAGCUUUCCCCAACAAGCUUCAGAUCGACCGCCAACAUCCCCACCCAAAUCCGCACCCCCUAUCCCCUGCCAAGCUAGUAAUGGGAUGACAGUUGACGAGCAGAACCGCAGGAACAACUGCAGUGUUCGAGACAAUAGCAAACAAGCGGAAGAAGAGGAAGAGGAGGGAGAGGAGGGCAUGAUCUUCUUCUACUUACCAGAAGGUCACAAGCCUGGAACCUUCCCCAAAGCCCUGCAGGACGGGAGUUCACGCGUUAACAACGGGAAUGUUAACGGGAACUCAGUGAUCCUCAGGGGGCGGCAAAGUAGACGCCAGCAUCGUUGCUCUUCAGGCUCCGUUGACAGCCGGCUCAGUUUUUAUGACAACGUCCCCUACACUGAGAGGGAGGAGGAGGGAGAGGAGGAGGAGGAGGAGGGGGAUGAACGCAAACUGGAGCAAGUGCUGCAACACGUCAGCGGCCUGCAGCGGUUUGUUAAUGCCUGGUCAGAGGCUGUGGCCGGCGAAGAGGAGGAGGAGGAGGAGGACGAAGAGGAAGAAGGAGACUCCGAUUCAGCACUGGACUCAGCCUCCCCGUGCCCGUCCUCUCCUCUGCAGAACCGUCUGGAGGAGACGGAGAACGGAAGUGACCAAGACAGCACAGGAAACCCGCUGGGAGAGGGAGAGGACGGGAUGAGAGAGAGAAGAGAUUCUGGUGUCGGGGCAUCUCUAACCAGAACAAGCAGACCACAGAAACUCCGCUGGCCGAGCUUCCAGAACUCCCACCGGCCCAGCUUGGCCUCGGCCCAGCUCCAGAUUAGCUGCCAGUCUGUGCUACAGAUGAAUCUACUCCAGAAGCUCUCCCUGCUGCAGCUCACUGCUCUGCUGGAGAGACACACCCCUACAAACAAACAUGGCUUUAGCUGGGCUGUGCCAAAGUUUAUGAAGCGGAUCAAGGUGCGUGACUACAAAGACAGGAAUGUGUUCGGUGUGCCACUACAAGUCAUCGUCCAGCGGACAGGCCAGCCCCUCCCUCAGGGCAUUCAGCAGGCCAUGCGCUAUUUACGCAGCCAGUGCCUCGACCAGGUGGGUCUUUUCAGGAAAUCAGGCGUUAAAUCUCGUAUCCAAGCGCUUCGUCAGAUGAACGAGGCGAGCGGCGCCGAUGGGGGAGGAGUCAACUACGAGGGCCAAUCAGCAUAUGACGUUGCAGACAUGCUGAAGCAGUACUUCAGAGAUUUGCCAGAACCCCUGCUCACUAGCAAACUGUCUGAGACCUUCCUCCAGAUUUAUCAGUACAUGCCUAAAGAGCUCCGUCUGCAGGCAGCGCGUGCUGCCGUGCUGCUGCUGCCCGAUGAGAAUCGCGAGGCCCUGCGGACGCUGCUGUGUCUGCUAAGCGACGUGACGGCCAGCGUGUCUGAGAACCAGAUGACUCCCACCAACCUGGCUGUGUGCCUGGCCCCGUCCCUUUUCCACCUCAACACCCUGCGCCGCAAGGAGAGCUCCUCGCCAAGGGUGAUGAACAGGAAGCCGACACUGGGAAAGCCGGACCAGAGAGACCUGAAUGAGAACCUGGCUGCCACUCACGGCCUGGCACACAUGAUCCAGGAGUGCAGUAAACUCUUUCGGAUCCCAGAGGAGAUGAAUCGCUGCAGGAACUCUUAUGUGGAGCAGGCGCUGCUGCCGCGACGGCUGGAGGACCUCGCCGGGGAAGAGGCCGGGCAGGGGGGGUACAGGGCCUACCUCCAGAACAGCCUAGACGCCCUCCUCAAAGACGCCAAGGACAAGUUUAAAGGUUACGACAGCUGCUCCACACCCGAGCAUGUUGAGCUGGCCUGCAGGAAGGUGCACGAUGGCUUCCCACUGCGGCUGUGGAAGGUGACCGUGGAGGUGCCCGCGAGUCCCGAGGAGGUUCUGACGCGAGUGCUGCGGGAGCAGGGCUACUGGGACGAGGACCUGCUGGAGAGCCGGGUGGUGGAGACCCUGGAUGAGAGGACGGAGGUCUACCAGUAUGUCAGGAACACCAUGGCUCCACAUCCCACCAGAGACCACCUGGUGCUGAGAACAUGGGUAACAGACCUGCCAAAGGGAGCGUGUGCACUGGUGUGUACGUCUGUGGACCAUGAAGGCGCACCUGUUGUAGGCGUUCGGGCCAAUGUCCUCACCUCACGCUACUUCAUCGAGUCCUGUGGAACCAACAAAUCCAGACUCACACAUAUUUCCAGGAACGACUGCAGGGGUCGUUUCCCAGAGUGGUACAACAAACUGUAUGGACACUUAUGCGCUGCUGAGGUGGCACGGAUACGUGACUCAUUCACCGUGCCCAUAGACAAAUGAGAACGCAGUGUGCAAUCUGGGCAACAACAGACUCAACAGCUCCUUUGGACCAUAAUUUGGAUCCUACAGAAUAACUCAUUCCACCCAUUAUUAGCGGAGAGGUAGAUGGGGUCCGAGCCUCUUAACACUCACUUUUAAAGGACAAAUCCUGGAUCCUGGACUUUUUUGCUCUGAUUUUGUUACAACAGACUGAUGUUAUCGUUUAAAACUUUUCUGUUGGGGCUCUUAGUGUGCCAAGAGGACUCGUGUCACACAAACAUUUACUUGGGCCAAAGGACAUGAUGUCGCUGAUACAGGAUGUGAGGUUUAAACUUUAUCCAAAGGGUGCUAUUGCUUCUGAGAAGCAACGGUGUGUGUGUGUGUGUGUGUGUGUGUGUGUGUGUGUGUGUGUGUGUGUGUGUGUGUGUGUGUGUGUGUGUGUGUGUGUGUGUGUGUGUGUGUGUGUGUGUGUGUGUGUGUGUGUGCGUGUGUGUGUGUGUGUGUGUGCAUGAGUGUUCAAAGCAACAAACGGUUAAUAAAUACAUAUUCCUCGCACUGGUUUCCAGUGGCAGCAUAAUGUGUACAUACAGUAUUCUGUUCACAGUAAUGGUUUGUGUCCAUCUUGUGUUGCCUCUGUCCUUUUGUAUCCUGUUACAGCAAGGCACAGGAGGAACAGUAGACAAUAUUAUGGUCAUUUGAUUGAUGAAUCCAUGGGUGAAGAAAGAUGUGAAUGUGCUGGUAAUAUGCAGAGCGGGUAGAGACAAUAGACGGGAUAUAGCGAGAUGACAGGCAGGGUUUUAGUGUUUCAGUAGAGGAAGGAAAAGACAGCAAUCGGUGGCUGGCACACCAAAAAGAGAAGGAACGAUCAAAGAAAGAGCCUCAUUUACUACUAACAUACAAAUAGACGUCUCCUCAUUUUGUUGUUGAAGAUUAGUUACUGCUACUACUGAUAAAUUGGCUUUUUGUACUAUGCCUUGUUCCUAGCAUGGACAGUACACAGUACAAAAAGCCAAUUUAUCAGUUAGAGCACAUCAGGAACUUUUUGUUUGUGACUGAGACAGAGAACGUUACAUAUUUUACAGGAUCACACCAACAAAGCUAGAAUUUAAGACCAACACAUCCACAAUAAUGGACCAAAAAAAAAAAA